ACUGGGCUCAGUACCAUUUGCAGUUUUAGUUCAGCUUCUGGUGCAAAGGUGUUAGAUGCAAGUUCGGAGGAUGAGAGUUUUCCUGGUAUGCUUCCUUUUCUUACUGCUGGAGCUGCGGCCUUCCUCAGUGCAGGGUCAAGGUCAUGUGCUGGAUAAGCCCGUGACGGAGAAGUGCCUCACGUGCAUUUGCGAGGCCAUCAGCGGCUGCAAUGCCACGGCGAUUUGCACCAGUCCGGAGAAGGGAGUCUGUGGGAUUUUCCGCAUCACCUGGGCCUACUGGGUGGACGCAGGAAAGCUGACCGUCAACGGCGAGCAUCCCGACUCGGAAAAGGCCUUCAUCAACUGUGCCAACGAUCCGCACUGUGCCGCCGACCUGGUGCAGAACUACAUGAAGAAGUUCAACCAGGACUGCAACGAUGAUGGCGAGAUGGACUGCCACGACUAUGCGCGCAUCCACAAGCUGGGGGCCUAUGGCUGUCAGGCGGACAUGCCCUACAAAUUCCAGAGCGUGUUCGAGGAGUGCAUCGAGAAGUUCGAGGAUGAGGGCCUGGAGUGAUUAAAUAUCAUUACCUUACACGUUCCAAGCCAAAAAAGCAUUAUGCCGAUAAAUUGACCUUUUUUAUUGUGAACAAAUAAAUAGCAGGUAUCAACCGGGGCUAAAAACCAGA